AUAUCUAGAUGACUGGUGUAGUGUGUGUUAUGAAUCAGCUGUUAAUGUUGAUAAUUUGUUUUUGAGACUUCAAAUUUUGUCCGUCUAAUGUAAGGCAACACUCGCCUUACAUUACACGAAAUAUGUGCCGAUUAUCAUGUUCAAGUGUAAUUUCCAAUUGGAGAUUAUGGAUAAGACCUGCUGUAAUGACGGUUUAUGCUUUAGUAAUUGUAGUACUUUUACCGAUACUAAUAGUCAAUGCCGUAAAUAAUGGUUUUACGAAAAAUGACCAAGGCUCAUUAAUAGGAGGAGUUUUCGUUAUGAUGGCUUUGCCGAUAUCGUUUUGGGAAAUAACACAGCAUAUGGUUCAUUAUACAAAACCAUCUCUCCAGAAACACAUUAUUAGGAUAUUGUGGAUGGUCCCAAUCUAUGCUGUAAAUGCUUGGCUGGGACUGGUUUUUCCUGAGCAGUCUAUUUAUGUGGACAGCCUGCGAGAAUGUUAUGAAGCGUAUGUCAUUUACAACUUUAUGGUGUACCUACUCAACUACCUGAAUUCAGAACUAACACUUGAAGCUAAUCUGGAGAUGAAACCCCAAGUGAAUCAUCUUUUCCCUUUCUGCUGUCUCACUCCAUGGGAGAUGGGACAUGAAUUUGUUCAUAUGUGCAAACACGGCAUUCUGCAGUACACUGUUGUACGUCCAGUUACAACAUUCAUCUCAUUUGUCUGUGAACUGGCAGGUGUGUAUGGUGAAGGGGAAUUCCAUGGAAAUGUAGCAUUUCCAUACAUGAUUGCCAUCAACAACUUUUCUCAGUUCAUUGCCAUGUAUUGCUUGGUGCUGUUCUAUCAGGCAAAUAAGGAUGAAUUGAAGCCUAUGCAACCAAUUGGAAAAUUUCUCUGCAUCAAAGCAGUUGUAUUCUUUUCUUUUUUCCAAGGAGUCUUGAUCAACAUUCUAGUGUUCACAGGUGUAAUAUCCUCCACAUUUGACACAAGUGACAGUGGCACUAUAAAGGACAUCUCAAAUAAGUUACAAGACUUCUUGAUAUGUAUAGAAAUGUUCUUGGCAGCAGUUGCACACCACUACAGCUUUUCAUAUAAACCAUAUGUGAACACAACAGCCAGGCAGCAGUCUUGCUGUUCAGCUUUCCUUGCAAUGUGGGACAUUUCGGAUGUGCAGCGUGAUAUCAAAGAGCAUCUUGGUGUAGUAGGAAGUUCUCUUAGCAGGCAUAUCCGUGGGCGAAGUAUGUACCGUUAUGCUGGGGGCAGUGCUAAUGAAAGUUCUCGUCUUUUGGUUCCUGAACCUGUGCCAGGUCCAGAGGACUUUUAUAAUAGUGCACCGGCUCGUCUAGGUACCGAUGGAGUGCUCAGUUCCUAUGACAGUAUGGCACAGAGUGAAACAGCUGCAGAAGCUUCUAGUUAUCAUGAGGGAAAACCAAGACAAGAUUCAGUUGGUCCUUGUAGGAAGGAUGAUGAACCAUUAAUUGAGUUCAGCCCAGAUAAUGAAGAACCAAAGCAUAAUUUGCACUCAUAUAUAGCGUAGUAUUUUAUUUUUCAUCUAAAGUGUAAAUAAAAUAGAUAAUGCAGGUAAAAAUCAAUUCCAAGCACUUGGUUGAAUUCAGUGACCAGGAAGAGGCUUUGUGUUUUCAGUGUGAUAUUUGGAAACACUGUUUUAUUUUCUUUCCAUACAGUAAUGAUACAGUAUACUUGUUAACAUCAAACUCAACAUUUUAGUUUAUUAUUAUUAUUACAAUAAAAUAGGGUAAAAUGAGUUAUUUAUGAAUGCAGGAAAUUACUAAUAGUCAGGAUAUAUAUUUUUCAUAAAGAAAUGUUUACCCUACAUGCAAAACAAUCUGUCAUCUCUAAAGGUUUAGGACACAGGUGUGUUAGUAAAUUGACAUAUGUUGACAUUUUCCCUGUUUUGUUUUUAGUUACAAGUUAUAACAUUUCAGAAGCUGUCACUGCUUCUGUCCUCAGUAAUAGUGUGAAACCUGCUCUGUCGGAUCCCCAGACAUGGGAUAGAGGUUAGUUUGAUAUAAUGGACCCAGUAGAAUAGGUUUCAUUCUUUUACUUGAUACUGGAAGCAGAGCCAGAUUCAAAAAUUUGUUUUUAAACCAAAAAAUUGACAUUCAAAGAUGUCCAACAUAAGUGUCAAUUUAAUGUCACAUCUCAUUUUCUUGAUUCUUAUAAUCAGCUCUUUUCAUGUACUGUAUAGUAUGUACUAUAUAAAAAGAUUGUCAGUGAUGCUAUGAAUUUGAAUUUGCUUUUCUUAUUACAUAACUUCAGUAUUGUUCAGUAUUAUGAAAGUGUGCUUUCUGAAUUAACGGAAGUAUUUUCAGGGACUCUUUAUUGUAUUUCAGGAUCUUGGGUUAUGAAAACAAGGAUUUCCCUGCUAUUCAUUUGUUUAUUUGUAUGUCUUGAUGAGACUUUUCACAUUAUCUUCUUAAUGUGAUGGAAAUCGUUGACAUAUGAUUAAUCUUAAUAUUAUGUUUUUGAAUAGCUUGUCUGCACUUCAAAAAAGUAAGAAAUACAAAAUUUUCUUCUUGGCACAUUUACUGGAUUUUGAUAUUACAUCUUAAUUAUGUUAUUAAGGUUUUAUAUAGAAUAAUAUUACAAAUUUGUAUUGCAUACUGAGAGCACUGAUGUCUACAAUAUUCAUGCAUUUGACACAAUUCUUUUUCGUAGUACAUUUUUGGUAGUGUCAUUGAAUAGUGCUUCUGGAAGGGUAUAAUACUAUAGUAAACAAUUCGUAUUUGUUCAGAUCUUGUUUUUUUUUUUUCUGAAUGGCCCUGUAAACAAGUUAUGUAUGGAUUUCAGGUUCUCACAUCAUUGACUAUGAAGUGUCUUAUGGAAUGUUAUGCUGUGUAGUUUGAUAGAAGUUCUCUGACCUUUUUUAGGACCGUACUGCCUUAAUCUUCAGGACUGAAGAUAUGCUUACUACUUCCCAUUGCUUGCUUUGCCUACUCUUAGCCCAUGAAGAUAGAGGUAUGUUUCUCUGAAAUGCCAUUGAACUUCUAAAAAAACUGCAUGGCAUCAUGCCUUAGAAAGUAGUAAUCUUCAGUGUGAGGUUCAUAUUAUAGGCCUAUUAAUAUGAACAAUAUUUGUGUGUGAAAACUGGAUAUUUCCUUGUUUGUUCAAUUAGAGUGGUGAAGGACUUCUUAAUAUUGUGAUCUCUGUGCCCUUCGUACACCUCAUCAAAGACUGAACAUGGUCUGCAAAGAGCAACUGCAAUUUAAAAUGGAUUCGGAAUCAUGAUGAGAGCUGUGUAGUUUUUAUUUUGUUAAGAGGUGGAGGUUGAGAUUGGUGAGCACUGAAUCUAGAAAUUUGGAAUGGGAGGACAAUGUCUCAUAUUUGGAAUAUUUGGUUCUACCUGUGAGAAUAAAAUUAAACUGAGUUACACUGUCUUAAGGAGUAAAUUAAUUCAUUUAUUGAAUUACACUGUACAACAAAAUGAAUUUUUUUUUCUUAACGUUAAGGAGAAAUAAAUGACUGAAGUAUGAGUGUGAUAAAUUUCAGUGUAAGCUUAAAAAUUGUGCAUGAUGCACCAUUUUGAAGGGGAAGUAUCAUAGCUUAACAUACAACAAACCAUAUGGUUGUCAUUUAGACAUGAUGUGUAGCUUUUCAAUGAAUCAGUGCAUGAUAUAACAAUCUCCUGACAUUUGAUAUUGUAUUUUCCAGCUGCACAUGUGCCACUGUCCAGCUGAAUCCUUGUGAUAUAUUACACAGUUCUGUAUUUUUCAAAGAAAAUACAAAUGUAGCUAUCCAAAGAAAAGGUGGGUGGUAGAAUAUUUUCAGUAAUAUUUCUGUAAACCGCCCAUAAAAAUGCACUGAAAUCGCCAUUAGUGUUGUACAGUGUUACUUCAUUAAUAUAUUUAAAAUUGUGGAUUGUAAUAUAAAACUAAUAUCAUUUACAGAUUGUUCUGUAAAUGAUUUAAUAUUUGUGUAAGUUUAUUUUAUGAUGCUGUCAGUAAUUAAGACUAUAUAGUGUAGAAUGGGAGGAUUAAUGAGUGAUGGAUUGGAAGGGAUGAGGAAGGAACCAGUCAUGGCCCACUUUGAGGUACUUUCUUGGCAUUUCCUAAAGGGGCUUAAGCAAACCAUGAAGACCUUAGGAUAAUCAGUGUCCCAACCACAAUUUGAACUGGGCAUCUAUUGACUACAAGUUAGAAGUGAUGAUGCUUUAGUCAGCUUGCUUGUAACUGCCUUUAAGUUCUAAGAUGUAAAAUUUUAGUUGUCUAAAGAAAUUUCUUUCAUUAAGAACAAAUAGUACUGAUUUCACCAACCAUGUCAUCAGUCACUUUCCAAAGUUCACAGACUUGCUGAACAAGUCAUAAUCUUUCACCUUUAACAAAUAUUAAAUACCCUUCUUUAGUCAGCAGUGCUGGUCAUCAGCUCUAAAACAUCUAUCUCCUUUCUCCAUUAUAAAAUACUGGUUGGUCCAUUGAUCACUUACUCAGACACACCUUUUAUUUAUAUCAUAUAUAAUGUUACACAAAUUGCUCAGUGUUUCAUUAUGAAUAAUUUUAUACUAAUGGAACUAAAACUUUUUCAUUUAACAUUAAUUUAUCAUCUUCAGCAGCUAUUUAAUGAAGUCUACUGAUAUCCUAUAGCUUGAUGAACAUACUUAUAGAACAUCAGAAACAUAAUUCUUUGUCUCGCUCACUCACGGGCUGAGCCCU